UACGGUGCACGUAGGUCCGGACUGGUUUACCCUUAACUAAACAGUACAUUGAUGUGACUCAAGAGGUCUUAAAAAGUUCGGGUUUUGUUGUGUCCCAUUUCAGAUGAUUGCGUAAAUAGAACUCUGCCGUCAGGCCGCGGGCAACUCAUGUUCGACAUGCCCUCCACCUUGAUCCUCGCCGGCCGAGACCGAGUGAAGUUCACUGUGCAGACGGACAAACAAGCAGUCAUUGGUCUGUCCGAAUCGACACUUGGUGAAAGUAACAUGUACAAAAUAGUGAUAAGGACUGAGCCCAAUAAGAAGUCCGAGGUCGAACGUUGUGAGACUCGCGGGCCUGACGGUUUCCAAUGCGAGUCAUGGAUCCCGCCUGUGAAUACUACGGGCGUCCUCGAUCCUUCCCAACCCCGUGGGUUCUGGAUUGAGUGGGGCAUCACGCCAGCUACCCGUGGCUUGAUCAAGGUUGGCGAACUUGGCUCAACACCCUUUAUGAAUAGAACAACCCCAGACCCGUCGCCCAUUGCCAUUAUCUACCUGGGGUAUGCAACUGGACCGAGCUGUGGAGAGAGUACUUGGAAUUUCUGUGGUGAGUUUUAUUGCCUUUUGGUUUUGAGAUUCUGCAGGUAA